UCGCAGGCUUUGUAAUCAAUCACAGCCGAGCGCUGAUGCAACACAUUGUCACCGCUCGGGUCGGCAGCAUUGCACGCUGGGGAGCUGUUACCUGGUUCAAGACACCGUGUCUACUGCCCCAGUAAGAAGUUAGCAUCAUGACUGACAACCUGAGCCCAGAGGAGAAGUAUCACCUCAUCACCAGGAAUCUGCAGGAGGUGCUGGGGGAGGAGAAGCUCAAAGAGAUCCUGAAAGAGAGGGAGCUGAAGAUCUACUGGGGAACAGCCACCACCGGCAAGCCGCACGUUGCCUACUUUGUGCCCAUGUCCAAGAUCGCUGACUUCUUAAAGGCCGGGUGUGAAGUGACGAUCCUGUUUGCUGACCUGCAUGCCUACCUGGACAACAUGAAGGCUCCCUGGGACCUGCUGGAGCUGCGGACAAAGUACUAUGAGCAGGUGAUCAAAGCCAUGCUGGAGAGCAUAGAGGUGCCGCUGGAGAAGCUCAAGUUUGUGAAGGGAACCGACUUCCAGCUCAGCCGGGAGUACACUUUGGAUGUCUACAAGCUGUCCUCCACGGUGACACAGCAUGAUGCCAAGAAAGCCGGGGCGGAGGUGGUGAAGCAAGUGGACCAUCCCCUCCUGAGCGGUCUGCUGUACCCAGGACUGCAGGCUCUUGAUGAGGAGUAUUUGAAAGUCGAUGCCCAGUUUGGGGGAGUGGAUCAGAGGAAAAUCUUCACCUUCGCUGAAAAGUACCUGCCGUCUCUGGGCUACACCAAGCGCAUCCACAUGAUGAACCCCAUGGUCCCGGGACUCACAGGGGGGAAGAUGAGCUCCUCUGAGGAGGAGUCUAAGAUUGACCUGCUGGACAGGAAGGAAGAUGUGAAGAAGAAGCUGAAGAAGGCUUUCUGUGAGCCGGGGAACAUCGAGAAUAACGGGGUCCUGUCCUUCGUCAAGCACGUCAUCUUUCCUCUCCACUCUGAGUUUGUCAUCAAGAAAGAUGAAAAGUGGGGUGGAGACAAAACCUACACCGCUUUUGGAGAUCUGGAGAAGGAUUUUGCAGAGGAGCUCGUGCACCCAGGGGACCUGAAGAACUCGGUUGAAGCCGCCCUGAACAAACUGAUGGAUCCGAUCAGGAAGAAGUUUGAAAGCCCAGAGCUGAGGAAACUGACAAACACAGCCUACCCAGCCCAGUCCAAACCGAAGGGGCCGGCUAAAGGAAAUCCCCAAAAUGCAGAAGAGGAUGAGGUGGUACCGUCGCGGCUGGACAUCAGAGUUGGGAAAGUUAUCAGCGUUGAGAAGCACCCGGAAGCAGACAGUCUAUACUUGGAGAAGAUUGACGUGGGCGAGGCAGAGCCCAGGACGGUGGUCAGCGGGCUGGUUGCGUUUGUCCCUGCGUCCGAGCUGCAGGACAGGCUGGUGGUCCUGCUCUGUAACCUCAAACCCCAGAAGAUGAGAGGCAUCGAGUCCCAGGCCAUGCUGCUGUGUGCCUCCACUGAAGGAGAGGGUCGCAGAGUGGAGCCCCUGGACCCCCCCACAGGGUCAGCUCCGGGGGAGCGUGUCUUCGUGGAAGGGUACGAGGCUGGCAAGCCAGACGACGAGCUGAAGCCAAAGAAGAAAGUGUUCGAGAAGCUCCAGGCCGACUUUAAAAUCUCAGGGGAAUGCGUUGCGCAGUGGAGUGAGAAGAACUUCAUGACCAAACUGGGACUGAUCACAUGUAAAUCGCUGAGAGGAGGGAACAUCAGCUAAGAGACCACCCCUCCUAAUCCGUGCUUCAGUCAACAGCCGCUCCAAAUCCGAAGUAUCCUCUGCCUGCCCCUACUCUUCAACAUUCUAACUAAGAAUCCUUGCAUGCCAGUGAUCCACACGCAGGUAUUAUUUUAGUACCAAUCUCCAGCAGGGGGAGACAAAGCACCAUUAUCUGAUCCCACAUGGGUGAAUAAAGACUGUAGGAUAAACAAAACCGGGCUUCUGUGUCUUGACCCUUGAUUUGCUCAGGGGAGUUUUGCCCGUGUUUGGCUCAGAUUCGGAUGCACAGGUCUUGGCUGAGAUUUCCAGAACCUCAGAGCUGUUAUAAAAUUAAAGUGGGUGCAAGCGCUAUGGUUUAUAUAUAUUUCUUAAUAAGGAGGAUAAUCAACAUUGAUUGAAAUUGUAACAGAACUGUCUUUUAAAGGGUAAGUCACCUUCAUUUUACCAGCCUGCUAACUGUAAAUCAGUAGAUAUCACAUGCAAUUUAAUAUUCAAUAAAGUUUUCCUGCUCUUCCCAAACAGUGUACGUUAACCAGUAAGGCUUGGCUAGCCUCUUUCUUGCUGGGCUGUUGGUAUUUAUUACAUCUGCCAUUAUAACCCUCACUAUGGCCUAGACCACAUCAAGAAUAUUCAGGGAUGAAAAGAAGACUCCCAUUGCAUAGCAGUUUGAACCAUUCUGGGUUUUACUCUGAAGUUCAAUAAGACCUGCUUGAGCUUAUUACCUUACACCGUGGCUAACCAAGUUUGUAUUAAAACUUGCAAUGGGUGAAUCUGCUAUGCAAUAGGAGCCUUAUUUCCAUCCCUGAAUAUUUCAUAUUUAUACUUACCUUUAGAUUGGUUAUCUAUGACAUCUGCAAGGUCAUUUAUAAGACCUGAAAAAAAUGAGAUUAGAUAGAUAGAUAAAAAUAGAUACGGCUCAAGUCGAUGCUUUCAAGAGGUCUAAGGCGCUUUUAUUUAAACUUUUUAAACAAAGACAUAGGAACUGUACAUUAAUUUGGCUUUUCAAGGCAGAAGGUGUUACAGUUUUAAGCAAGUUGGAAAACUGAACCGUCCCCAUUUACAAAAAACAAAAA